AUGACUUGUAUAGGUGCAUGAAGGGAUCAAUUAGUUCCUCUUGCAAUUUAUUGUUUUCUUUCAGUCAGUGUUGGACAAUCGGUCAGACAAGUUGUGUUGUGUUUUGUUUAUGAUAAUUGUAUUAGUGCUGGUUUUCAGUUUUCGCGGUCUUUAACUUCAGACCUAGCAGUAAAGAAAAUGUCAAAUAGUGCGAAGAAUGAGAUGGAGCCAGCGACUUUGCAGGAAGCUAUUAACAUAAUCACAUUCCUCAAAUUAUCACACAAAAAGGAAAUAGCGAAAAUGAAGGAAUCAUACGUAAAACAAACAGAAGUCAUAAAGAAAUUAGAAAUGAAUAGAUCAAAAGAACUUGAAUAUUUAUCCAGUGAACUGCAAAAGUAUGAACUAAAUCUAGCUUUAAGAACGGAAGCGGUAAAAAAUCAAUUAACACAAAAAGAUGAAAUUAUUCUAAAACAACAACAAAUAAUUGAUGAUCUUAAUCAAAAACUGAAACUAAAAGAAGAAUGUAUUGUUCCAGAAAUAACCAUUGAAUCGAAUUCUGACUCAGGAAUUGCAAUGGAAAAUGAUGACAGUAUAGAUAAACCUGAACCAGUAAAGGCUGAAACAAAAACAACAAGAAAGUACAGUCGGCGAUUCGCAGAUCCAAUCAGUUUUCUGCGUAGAGUAGAUUUUUCUCCAAUGAAAUACAAACCGAGUAAUCGAGAAGGUGCUAAAAAGAAGGAGGAGAAAAAGAAGAACUUAGAAGUACCAUGCACAGAAACCAGGGUAUUACUGCGUCAAUUUAGUAAUGAUAAGGUUACGAGCGAUGAUGACCGAACAUUCGAAGAUAGUGUGUUUUCUGAUGAUACGACGGAACCUGUUUUACUAAGACCUACAAAGAAAAUGAACGAUAGUAUGAACAACCACUUCUCUGAUGAUGGAAGCGAAGACACCAGUGAAGAAAUAUUCGACAGGGUCAUGACUAGAAGCAGUAUCAGAAGAUCUGUGAAGGCGAAUCCUAAGUAUAAGAAAAUAAACAGAACCAAAUCGAAAUUGUUGGAACAAGUUAAAGUAAACAUUGUUGAUUGAAUAAACGUCACACUGAACUGAUAUUUAUUAAUUUUUAUUUUUAAUUUAAGCUCAAUUUAAUUGAAUAAUAAAUAAAUAAAGUUCAUUUAAUGAAAA